GGGGCGGGGCUUGCCCCUCCCGCCUGGGCCCAGCCAGCUGCCGCCAUGAUGGGGGCGGUGUGAUGGUGCGCCUCGCCUUACGCCGACCGACUGGUUGUCUGAGCCCAUCUGACGGCGGGUCCGGCCUCUCUUCCGUCUCCUGCUUCGCCCUUCACCAAGGAUGGAUCCCAAGCCUACAAGAAGAGUAUCUGAAGUGCAUAAUGCUUCAUCAACAUCUGCAUCAGGAGCAAAAAUGUUAUAUGAGGGUAGAUCAAGUGUCUUGGAUGACUUCUAUGCAACAAAAGAAAAUGAAAAGCAUGAAGCUGAAUAUCAGCCUACUUUAUAUAGUGAACCAGAUACACCUCCCGAGACACCUUCUGGAUUUUUAACUCCGCCUGUGAACAGUGAUUCUAAGAGGCCUAAGCUUGUAUCAACAUGUUCAUCCAGCAAUAAUACCAAUUGCUUCAGCAAUUGUUCAGAUUCGAUUUGGGCGAGUAGGUUCCCAAGAUCACCAGUACCAUUCAGUUCAACAUCAAGAACUGAAGCUCCCCUCUGCAAAGAAAAUGAGGUGGAAAGAACAGAAUCCAGUCAAAGAGAAGGUUUCGGAAGAGUUUUAUCGUCACACGCACAAGGUGCAAGACCAAGGGAGACAUUGUUUGGAUCUUUAAGACGUACCACAACCAACUUAAGCAGAGCACUUUCCUCCGCUUCUCCAGACAAUCCCUCUACGUUCUCCAGAGACUCCAGAAAUUCUUCCCGAUCUUUUGAGAGCAGCAGUUCUUCAUCAGCUGUUGGAGUGAUACAAAGGAGUGCAGAGUGUGGUUUCCUGCGAAGAGCUGGCACUUCGGAAUCUGAAAGGAGAAAUGCGUCUCUUUUGCAGACAAGGCCAUUGGAUGACUUGGCAUCAGAAUCGCUCAGUAGUCGGUGUAGACCGAGACAGCUCCUGUCACGCCUGGCAUCAAGCAUGUCUUCGACUUUCUCUAGCAACCGAAUUUCUAAUCGGGGCUAUUCAAGUACAAGGCCUUUUGAAAGAGCGCAUUCCUUGCAGCAAGCUGAUAACGCAUCAUUUAGGGAAAGACCUGAAAAUGUGGCACAUGCUGAUGCUAAUGGCAGAGCAGUUGCUAACUUUUCUCCUAAUCAAUCCCCAGAGUCUUCUCGGGGAUUCGGAUUUUUGAGGUGGAGAAGAACGGGGUCGCCAGCUGUUCUACAAUCUCCGAACUCAAUUGUUGGAGCAGAAAAUUCAAGUACAAGGCCAAAUGAAUCUGAAAAUAGAAUGACUGCCUCUUGGUUUUCUUCACUGCAGAGUCGCUGUACCCCUCUCGCCAGAAGAGAAGGCAGAGAUGAAACUGCUAAUGGUAUCAUUAGUGAAGCCAGGGAACAUCAGUCACCAAUCCUCCAAAGGGCAGUUGGAACACUUCAAAACUCAAGCAGACAACAAUCGGAGCGUGUUCAUGGCGCUACAGCACCACCUACCAAUGCUUUGCCUUCUACGGUUUCAGGCAGCUCUUCAGCCCGCAACACGACACCAGAGACCCUGCCAACAAGAAGUACCUCAGAAUUUAGAGAAGUUUUUUCUAAUUCUUUUAUUCGUCUUUCUGUGCCUUGUGGCCCAGAACAUGAUUACUCCGAAGAUGUACUGAUAGCAGUAGACUUUGUAAAUCCAUCCAGAAGUCCUACUGAACAGGAGAAACAGAAAACUGCAAGUGCAUCUUCAAAGGAUCCGGAAAAGCUGAGAAAAAUACAAGAAAGUUUACUUUUAGAAGAUUCUGAUGACGAAGGAGAUGAUAUUUGUCGGAUUUGCCAAAUAGGAGCUGGAUAUACCACAACAAAUCCUUUAAUCAAACCAUGCAAUUGCACUGGCAGCUUGCAGUACGUCCAUCAGGAAUGCAUCAAAAAAUGGUUGCAAUCCAAAAUAAAUUCAGGUGCGGAUUUGACUGCUGUCGUCACUUGUGAAUUGUGCAAGGAAAAGUUACAGCUGGACUUGGAAGAUUUUGAUAUCCAUGAAUUGUAUAGAACGCAUGAACAGGCACAGCACGACAUCAGUUCUGGUCUUUACCUUGUUCUUUUACUUCAUCUCUGUGAGCAGAGGUUUUCCGACUUAAUGGGUGAUACAAGUGAGACAAGAUCCCGACUUCGGUUCAUCCACUUGGCAAGAACUCUUCAACAGCACAUACAAGAUCUUGAAACUACGGAUGACGAUUCUGAAGAUGAACAAGAUAGAUUUGAAAAUGCAACACCAAGAGGUUCUACUUGACUUGUGUGAUGGGCUUUCCCAGUGCAAGUCUUUAUAUAAAGGCAAAGCAUUAUAUUCACUUUUCACUUUUGCUAGAAGUUGCUAAUGUUCCAUGAAAUAGAUGCUGAAAAUUUGGGUGAAGUUUUUCAAUUUUGUGACUACACUAGAGAUGAAAAGCUUUACAAUUUGAGUGUUUUAAGUAAAGUUUUUUUUAUUUGUAGUAAUUAUGAAUGAAAGAGAAAAAAGUCAAUGUAAUACUGUCACUGUCCAGGAGUUAAUGUGGGCAGCUGACAUUGUGCUCAACUGCCUUCUUUUCGCUAAUUACAAUUUUUAACUUCAAAUAUCAAGCUUCGAAUUGGAAAUGCAAAAGCCAGCAGUUGGAAAAUGUUGGAAAUGUCUACAUUCAAAGGCAAUUUCCUGCAAGUUUGGAUGAAUGGCAGAAAACUGAUUAUUUUUAAGUGCAGCAUUAUCCUACUUAAAGUGACUAUAUGUUGGAACUAUGUAUUUGGUAAUGAUUAAUCAAAUAAAGUGUACUACUUGAGAGAAGGCAAAAGUGUCUUCUAGCAAAUCAUAGAUGGAAACUUUUCUUAAUUGCAGUGUUUUCAUAAAAUUAAAGUACUACACUGAAUUAAGCUUUAUAACUGUUUGAAUAAAUGUGAAAUAUUAAACUUUGAGGCUUCUCUAACGGUU